CCCCUCGUCCAAUCAGCGAGUGUCGUCGUUGCUCGGGCAACAGCGUCCUAGAGACGGCGAGUGGGCUGGGCUCCUGUGGCCGCGCGGCCUGGGGGGCGCGCUGUGCGGCGGCCCCGCGAGGCGGAGGAUCGACGAGGGGGCUCGGCCAUCCACCUGUUUCCCGGUGCACAGAGAUCUCUCCGGUGCUCUCGCUGUGACUCCUGCAGCUGACUGGCACAUGGAGACAGAACCAGCUCCAGGAGGAUGUUCAGUGGGCCGGUGCCCGCCCAGCGCAGGAAGCCACUGGGAGGCAACUGGCUGUUGACAAGACAGUUGCUCUAAUACAGCUUCUUCACAGGGAUUUAAUGUGCAAAAUGGCAAUUAUACCAGAUUGGCAAACUUCGUAUCCUCACACAGGAAAGCUCAAGAAUUUAAGACCUCAUUCUUCACCAUGUAGAGUGUAUUCAAGGAACAGUUUCCAAAAUAUGUUCAGACCUUCUUCUUCAACCACAGCUAUUGCAAAUCCGAUACUGUCCUUCUUAGAUGUUAAACGGCUUUUAUUUCAAAAAAUCACUGAUAAAGGAUAUGCGUUGAAAAAGGCUUUUGAGCUGCUUGACACCAGUCACAACAUGACGGUAUCAAAGAAUGAACUGAGAAGAAUUAUCACAACCUUCCUGAUGCCUCUCACGAGAGAACAGUUUCAGGAUGUACUGGCUCAGAUCCCCCUCACCAGCUCUGGGGCCAUUCCAUACCUUGAAUUCCUGUCCUGGUUUGGUGGAAUGGACCUAAGUAUAAAUGUUAUACAGAGGGGAGGUGGGAAUGAAAUGAGUUGCAGUCGGACAGUAAAAGAACUUGAAAAACAAAUAGGAGAAAAGAUUUUCAGAAACAUUAAAACUAUUUUCAAAGCCUUCAAGCUCAUUGAUGUUAGCAAGACUGGUCUGAUCCAGUCCUGUGAACUGAGGAAAGUUCUCGAGACCUUCUGUUUGAAGAUGAAAGAUGAUGAAUACAAAAAGUUUGCAAAACACUACAACAUUGAUAAAGAUACUGCAGUGGAUUACAAUGUUUUUUUGAAGAACCUCAGUGCAAAUAAUGACUUGAACCUUAGAUAUUAUAUGGGAAACCAAGAUAUCUCCUGGAAGAAUCAACCAGUCCAAAAUUCCAAAGGGGAGUGCCUCCACAGUUCUGGUUCAUCUGAAGAUGUCUGGAAAAACUACAACCUAGACGAAAUUGAGAGAACUUUUUGCCAAGAGCUUCCCAAGUGCUAUGAAAAGGUUGAAAAAGCCCUGAGUGCAGGGGACCCCUCCAAAAGUGGAUAUGUAUCUUUGAAUUACCUAAAGAUUGUCCUCGACACCUUUGUAUACCGAUUACCAAGGAGAAUUUUUAUCCAGUUAAUGAAAAGAUUUGGACUUAAAACCACCACCAAAAUCAAUUGGAAACAAUUUCUAACAUCACUUUAUGAACCCCAGUGGUUGGAAGUCAACAAUACAGUUCCUCCAACAAAAAGAAAUAGAAUCACUUCUAGAGAUCAAUCUUGCAAGGAAAACAUUAUCACAAAGUUAUCUAGACAAGAGGAUCACUAUACAUCAUUGAAGAAAGCACUCCUGAUCGCCAACACUAAACCUGAUGGACAGAUAACGGGGAAAGAAUUGCGAUAUAUUCUAAAUUGCAUGGUUGUAAAAAUCAGUGAUUCAGAAUUCAAAGAGCUCAUGCAAAUGCUUGACCCUGGGGACACUGGAUGGGUUAACAUCUACACACUUAUUGAACUGCUUGAAGAGACCCCUAAGAUACAAAAACUCUCCUCCUCUGCAGACACCAAGGUGCCUCUCCUCCUGGCUUGGGAUUCGGUGGAAGAAAUCAUUCAGGACUCAAUUGCUAGGAAUCUCCAAGCCUUCUACAAAAUGCUACGGUCAUAUGACCUCGGAGACACAGGGCUCAUUGGUCGAAAUAAUUUCAAGAAAAUCAUGCGCAUCUUCUGCCCAUUUUUAACAAUCGAACAUUUACUGAAACUCUGUAGUAGGUUUCAGGAUAUUGCUUCAGGAAGAAUCCUUUAUAAGAAAUUUUUGGCAUCCAUGGGGAUGAGUGGCCCACCACCCCCCUCUCCGGUUAUUACUCCAAAGGAUCAGCUAUUGAGUGACCAUUUUCAAAGAGAGGAACAGCGGAAGUUGGAUCUUUCUGAAAGAACCAAGCCCGUGGAGGACAGAAGCACCUCGACCAAGAAAAUGACGAAGGAUGAAGUGAUCGAAAAACUAAAAAACUGUAUUCAGCAGCGGGACCCAGCAUUCAAAAAAUUCUUUCUUGACUAUAGCAAGGAGCUCACUGGCAAAAUUCAUGUGCGUGACUUCAAGAAGGUACUGGAAGCUAGUGGAAUGCCCAUGGAUGAUGACCAGUACGCUCUGCUGACGGCAAAAAUAGGAUAUAAGAGAGAAGGGAUGAGUUAUCUUGAUUUUGCAGCAGGAUUUGAAGAUGCUAAAAUGAGCAGGCCAGAAGUGAUCCCAUUGCAGACUCCAGUUCUUUCCAAGACUAAUUUGGACAGAUACUUUAUAACCGCUGAAGAGUGCCUGAAGCAGUUCCCCCAGAGACUGAAGGAAGCCUUCCGGGACCCCUACUCUGCCUUCUUUAAAAUAGACACUGACAGGGAUGGCAUAAUCAACAUGCAUGAUCUUCACAGAUUGUUACUGCACUUACUGUUCAAUCUUAAAGACAAAGAAUUUGAGCGUUUCCUGGGCCUUCUUGGCUUGAGACUCAGCGUCACUCUCAAUUUUCGGGAAUUUCGAAAUCUGUGUGAGAAGAGAGCAUUGAGAACAGAUGACGCGCCUCAAAGACUAAUCAGACCAAAACAGAAGGUCGCAGAUUCAGAACUAGCUUGUGAACAGGCUCAUCAGUAUCUUGUUACCAAAGCAAAAACCAGAUGGUCAGACUUAUCUAAGAAUUUUAUAGAAACUGAUAAUGAGGGCAAUGGCAUCCUUCGGCGGCGGGAUAUAAAGAAUGCGCUCUAUGGAUUUGAUAUUCCUCUGACACCGAGGGAAUUUGAAAAGCUCUGGAUGAGCUAUGACACCGAGGGAAGAGGGCACAUAACUUACCAAGAAUUUCUACAGAAAUUGGGGAUUAACUACUCAGCAGACAUUCAUCGGCCCUAUGCAGAGGAUUACUUCAACUUCAUGGGUCAUUUCACAAAACCCCAGCAGAUGCAAGAGGAGGCCAGACAGCUAGAGCAGAGCGUGGACAGGACUGCGCCAGUUAGGGAUAAGCUUAAGGACCAUUAUCAAGAUAUCAGCAAAGCACUCACCAAACUAGACAAAUCCAAAAAUGGCUACCUAUCCAUGUGCAAGAUGCAGAAAGUGCUGCAGGAGCUCGGCUGCUCUCUCAAGGAGGAGGAGCUGACCAAUCUUCUGAACAGUUGGGAAAUCAAAUGGCAUGAUAACUCCAUCAAUUACCUUGACUUCCUGAAAGCAGUGGAGAGCAGCAAGCCAACAAGACCUCAGCCAAAGAAAAAAGAAGAGAGUGUGCCAAUCAGUUUCUCAACACUGAACCCAGAGGAGGUUGUAAAGAACAUCCAGGAAGUUGUUGCCUCCUCCGACAUGGCUUUGUCAACGGCAUUUUCUGCAUUGGAUAAAGAGGACACUGGGUUUGUAAAGGCUUCAGAUUUUGGACAAGUUCUUAAGGAUUUCUGUUACAAACUAACAGACAACCAGUAUCAUUAUUUUUUGAGAAAACUGAAAAUUCAUCUAACCCCCCAUAUAAAUUGGAAAUAUUUUCUCCAGAACUUCAGUUCUUUCUCUGAAGAGACUGCUGCCGAGUGGGCUGAGAAAAUGCCCAAAGGCCCACCGCCCACAUCUCCUCCCAAGGAAACAGCAAACCAGGAGCUGCUGGCUCAGCUCCACAAGGCGGUGGGCUCCCACUACCAUGCGAUUGCUCAGGAGUUUGACAACUUCGACACCAUGAAAACGUACACCGCCUCCAAGGAUGAAUUCAGGGCCAUUUGUGCUCGCCAUGUCCAAAUUCUGACAGAUGAGCAAUUUGACAGACUGUGGAGCAAGAUGCCAGUCAAUGCCAAGGGGAGGCUGAAGUACCUGGACCUCCUGAGCAUGUUCAGCUCCAAGAGAGCGCCAACACCAUUGACCACGGGCAGCUCGGCCAAGGCCCAGAGAGGCAGCAGUGUUCCUGAAAUCUCAGAUGGAAGCAGGCCUGCAGUAUCAUCGCCCAUUCAUGACCUGAAGGCGGGGUUGAAAGCACAGAGCCACCCCUGUACCCCCGCUAGUGCCAGUUCGGCGCCAGGCACCCUGCCCUUGCAGAACUGCGAGCCCAUAGAAAGCAAGCUCCAGAAGAAAAUCCAGGGCUGCUGGCGAGAGUUCCUGAAAGAAUGCAAAGAGAAGGAUGUGAAUAAGCAGGGCCAGGUCACCACGGCUGAAUUCCUGGCUCUUGUGGAGAAAUUCAAUCUGGACAUAAGCAAAGAGGAAUGUCAGCAGCUCAUCGUGAAGUAUGAUUUAAAGAACAACGGGAAGUUUGCUUAUUGCAACUUCAUCCAGAGCUGUGUCCUCCUGUUGAAAGCGAAGGAAACCUCACUGAUGCAGAGGAUGAAAAUUCAGAAUGCACAUAAAAUGAAAGAAUCUGGUGCUGAGACUUCUUCCUUUUAUUCAGCUUUACUGCGUAUCCAGCCCAAAAUUGUGCACUGCUGGAGGCCCAUGCGGCGUACCUUCAAAGCCUAUGAUGAGGGCGGGACAGGGCUUUUAAGCGUGGCUGAUUUCAGGAAGGUCCUGAGACAGUACAGCAUCAACCUCUCGGAGGAGGAGUUCUUUCACAUUCUGGAGUAUUAUGACAAGACGCUGUCUUCCAAGAUCUCCUACAACGACUUCCUGCGGGCGUUCCUUCAGUAGGUGACCUGACCUGGGACGCAUCUUGGCCGACGGGGACCACGGGGCCUGUCCCUGACUUGAAUGAAACCGUAGCAUCAGGGGGUGGGGGGGUCAUGAACCGUCAGAGCGUCUCCAGAAACACACCCAGCCCUGUGUCUUCACGGCGGCCGAGGCUCAGAGCCGCCCCACGGCUCCAGCAUCAGCGGGCGGCUCGGGGGCUGCCCCGCUGAGCCCCAACACCCCUCACUCCGCUGGAGCGAAUAGAGAUGGUAGUCUUUGCAGGAGUGAUUCUAAGACUUCAAAAGAACCCCAGUGAUAAAAUACUUAAAAUCUUGGGA